AGUGACGUCAGAAUGUCUAUUGUUGACAUGCUAUCCAAACACUUUCAAAGCUCUCUUAGAAAUAUGCGAAAGUUGCAGGAAUUCGACGAAGGAAAUGGACAGAAUUUGGCAGACUCCAUAGACGCAAAAUGCAUCCCAGAGAUUGAUGCUGAUGUUCUGGAGGUCAUGACCUUUCCAACUGAUCUUGACCUACUUUCCCUCACACACGACCCUGAGCGUGACCUUUAUGAGGUCAGCCAAUCGGAAGAUUGUGCUGGAAAUCUCACUGGUUCAAGUUCUCGCUCAGGUGCCCUGUGCGCAGGGAAAGCUGUGCCGGUCUCAGUUGAUCUGCUCGAGGAAGACCUUGCGCUCUCCGACUCGGACAGCGAUUCCGAUGAUGACCUCACUGAUGAUGUCAGUAUCUGGUCGCACGAGUCGGUCGUUGCCUCGUUCCUGGCAGUUACAUCCGGUUACAGCUCUGAUUCAGAGAGUGACUCAGAGGACACGGUUGUGGCAAGACGCAAGUCGGCUACAUUGCCACGCCGACUAGAAAAAAUCGUGUCCGAUGAUGAACUCUCUGAUGACGAAGGUUGUGAUUUUACGGAAAAACGCCGCCGGCGAAGGCGACGAUACAACCGCCUGGAAAAGGAACGUACAGACUUCACACAGUCCAGCAGUAAGGGAUCGCUAAGUCCUGAGUCCGGUUCUUCUGAGGAGAAUUCCAGCUCGAGUGAGAGCGAGUCAAGUGACUCGUCAAGCUCUGAUUCGGACAGUGACGAUUUGACGUCCGGGUCAUCUAGCGAAUCGGACUCGGACAGUGACGAAUCGUCAUCCGGGUCAUCUAGCGACUCGGAUUCUAGAAGCUGCAGUUCUAGCUCAUCGUCUAGCAGCUCUUCAGACGACAGUGAUUUUGGCAUAGACGGCGAUGAUGCGCGGGAAAUCGACCUCAAGUUCGAUAGAAAUCCUUGCCCUGCGACUUGCGUGUGUCGGUCUGGCAGUAAUAUGUUUCAGAUUCCGACCGCACGCAGACGCCGAACGGAACAGUCGCUGUACAACGAGGUUCUAAAUCGACAGCUGCUGAAGUCAUAUAAUGCAGCUCGAGAAAUCGACCUCCAGUUUGAAGAAAACCCUUGCCCGAAGACCUGCGUAUGUCGGUCUAGCAGAAACAUGCUACAGGUUAGACGAGCACACAGGCGCGAAACGGAGCCUCCGCUGUACCAGAUGGUUCUGUCUCGAAGGCUGCUAAGGCCCUCGAACCGAAUUGUUCACGACUGCUGCAAGUACCGGUGUAGCAGGAGUUGGCAGCGCCCUGGCAGACCUGAUCUAGAUUAGUUUAAUAAUAGUAGAAAGUGUCGGGUAAUCUUUGAUUUGUAGAUACUAGAUAGUUACGGGUAAUCUUUGAUUUGUAGAGGCGUCGUGUAGGCCGGAUCUCAUAUAUAAAUUGACUCAAAACUUUAUAUGUUUUAUGAUGUUAAUAUGCAGUUUAGGUUUCUAUGCGCCUGUACAGGCCGGUUAGAGAUUAUAUUAAUUCUUAUAAGUGUCUAUAGUCGUAACAUUAUAUUUAGGUAACUCUGAUGAAAAUUAACGUCGUGCGAAAGGAUCUAGAUAAGUCAAAUAAUUGCCUAACUUUGUUUUGAAGAUAUCUAGGUAAAGCUGUGUAAAUACAAAUUCGCCGGUACAGACUUAAAACUAUAUUAGGACAAUAGGUUAGUCGGACGGACAGGUAUUUCAAUAGUUGCAUGUAUCGCAAAAUUGUGUAAGUAAUUCUCUGUGCUAUGUAGAUAUCCGCAAUGGCUUGAUCUUGUAUACGUUGAGUGACAGUUUAUUUUUCCUUUGAUAUCUAGUCAUCUUUGACUAAGUAAAGGUUACAUGUUAGAAGAUGCACACAUGGUAAGCAUGAGCCUUAUUUACGUAAACAAAUCCACUGCUGUUUCUUGACAAAUGAUAUCACAAACACUUUAACUAUUUCUUUUAUAUUUUCAGAGUCGAAAAUCCGCGCAAUCAUCCAUUCUUGACAUAACUGUUUUCACUUCUUACUUCCACUCAUUUCCACUUUCUCUCUUCUACUUUCAGUUUUUCCUUGGGUUUCUCUACAGGACCCGCCAUUACUUCGAAAGAAGUAUCUUGAAUUUGUCAAACUGCGCCGCAGGUCGGCGUGCUCUAUGCGAAUAUGUUGUAGAGGUUAAUUGACGAGUCCGAUGUGAGUAUGUUGUAGAGGUUAAUUGGCGAGUCCAAUGUGAGUAUGUUGUAGAGGUUAAUUCGCGAGUACGAUGUGAAUAUGUUGUAGAGGGCACUUGGCGAGUCCAAUGUGAGUAUGCCAUGUGAACAUGUUGUAGAGGUUAAUAGGCGAGUCCGGUGUGAGUAUGUUGUAGAGGUUAAUUGGCGAGUCCAAUGUGAGUAUGUUGUAGAGGUUAAUUGGCGAGUCCAAUGUGAGUAUGUUGUAGAGGUUAAUUGGCGAGUCCAAUGUGAGUAUGUUGUAGAGGUUAAUUGGCGAGUCCAAUGUGAGUAUGUUGUAGAGGUUAAUUGGCGAGUCCAAUGUGAGUAUGUUGUAGAGGUUAUUUGGCAAGUCCAAUGUGAGUAUGUUGUAGAGGUUAUUGGCGAGUUCAAUGUGAGUAUGUUGUAGAGGUUAAUUGGCGAGUCCAAUGUGAGUAUGUUGUAGAGGUAUAUUGGCGAGUACGAUGUGAGUAUGGCAGCUGUGCACGAGAACAAAUGGUUCAAAGUAUUGUACACAACGUUGUUAAAUAAUUUUUGUGUAAGAUGUCUUUAUAAUUGUGUUGUUAGUUAUUACGGAUUUAAACCUGCUUAUUAUUUAGUUUUGAUUUUGUGUUCGGUGUGUAUGUUAAUUGCAAUUUCAUAAACAUGAUGUAUCGUCGUUGACCAGGCAUGGACAAACGGCUUGAAGAAUAUGGCUGGAGUACCACACAUUGAAGAAUAAGACUUGAGACUCAAGACUUUAAAGUCUACAACUUGAAGCCCUCAACUUGUCGGGUACUGAACUUCAUUUUCAAAAAUAUAUAACAUCGUGUAAAACAGUUCGCAAAUAAUGAACUACCACGACAAAUACGACAACUAGUAAAUCCACUAGGCAAACUGUAUAAAUUGUAACACACUAUUUUAAGGUCCAUUAUAGGUAUUUAUAUAAUAAGUCGUGUUAAGUCAUAAUUGUUUCAGCAUAUUUUAAUAAUUACUUGCAUCAUGUAACAUCAAGUAAUAUUGAAGUCGUAAUUUUGCGUAAAAUUCUUGUUUUGUAACGUUUUCGAAUGUUGGGUUUUCACGAAGUAACUAAGGAGUAAGAGAUACAAUCUUGUUAGAAUACUUAUAUUUGUAUGACUUUGGUACUCGCGUGUUUUUAAUAUAUUUUGCAGUCAAACCCGUGCGUUGCUGCCGUGUCAUUCCAGUGGUGUCUCGACAUUUCAUCAAACAACAAGAAUGCGACAGAACAAAGGGAAUUCUAUAACUAUGUGCUAUUAAAAGACAGUGUAAUAGGCAAACAUCAAAUGUAUAUGUGAAUUAUUCUUAUAUUCUUUAUGUCAUAAAGCAGUUUAUUAUUUAGACCGUAAGGAAUCAUAGUUUUUAAUUUAUGUAUCCAAAAUGUUUCUUUGCAUAAACGGUCUUUGUGCUCAAAUUUUCAUAAAACAAUUGAAAGAUUUUGUCAAUGGUGUUCACAUAUUUAUAUUCGAACUGUUAUUGUUAUCGUUGAUGUUUGCUUACAGUUUCUGCUUAACGAUUGUCAGUAGCAUAUAUUAAAUUAUAUGUUUGUUCCGACCGUAUACUUUAAUAAGAAUAAUGCUAAAAUCCUAUUAACUGUUGCUUGAUGUUUUGACAGUUAAUAAUGAAGUCAUUCUUAUCGUCAAUAAUCAGCCUUUGCAAACAACUUUUUUUUCAAGUCAAUUUGGUAUACUUAAGCGAAAAAAUUCAUUCGCUUUAUGUAAUUUUACUUUGUUUGUAUUGUUCGAUGACAAUUGGUCGAUAAACGAAGUAAAAUUAACAAAAUA